AUGUUUAAAUAUAUUACAAACUUCCUAAAAGAAAGACAAUUCCGGGUCAAAGUAUCUCAUACCUUAUCAAAGACGUUCAGCCAAGAAAACGGUAUUCCACAAGGAUCAUCUCUGGCAGUUACACUUUUUCUCUUGGCCAUUAAUGACAUAGUUGAAACAAUAAAAGCCCCCGUAAAAUCUAAUUUAUUCGCUGACGAUUUCAACAUAUUUUGCAGAAGCAAUAACCUAAAAACUGUCCAAGAGUUUCUACAAACAAGUGCUAACAGCCUAACUGAUUGGUCGAAAAAAACUGGCUUCUCAUUCUCUAACCUCAAAUCAAAAAGUAUUAUCUUUACAAAACAAAAAAAAAAUAAAAGUUCUCAAUAUAACAUUAGAUAA